AUGACCAUUAAUGAUACAGAUGAGCCAUGUCCAAUCGCACUCAUGUCUGCUGAACUGAUGUGUAUACUGAUGCGAUAUAUUGUGGGGAGUGAGCUUGAUGUGUACAACCUUGAAUUGUUAUCAAUGACUUCAUCUGGUUUCUAUAUUUUUGCACGUGAUGAAAAUUUGUGGCUUGCAAUUUGUCGUUCGACUUUUCGAGACAAAUAUGCUAAUUCAGUUUCAUUCGAUAAAUUUGUUAGCUGGCGUCAGAUGUACAUAACAUUGCCGCAUGUGUAUUUACAUGGAAUUUAUAUUGGUAAAAUAAGUUAUCUUCGGAAUGGCGAACCAUCUUUUCAGGACAAGUUCUACAAGCCUUGGCACAUUGUGGUUUAUUAUCGAAUUUUGAGAUUUUUUGCUGACGGUACAGCUCUUAUGAUUACUACAGCUGAUGCACCCUCACAAGUUGUUGGACUCUUGAAAUCAAAAACACCUAGUGCAGCUGGUAUUCUCAUUGGCCGUUACUGGAUUUUAGAUCAAGAUUGUAUAAAAGCAGAGUUCUAUCGCCGAUGUGAGCAAACAGUUCAGCGAAAGCGACGAACUCAUAAAUCACGUCACCAGCUUCUGCCUUAUGGAGUGAUAGACCAAAAAUUUGACAUGAAAUUACAUUUUGGUGAUGGAAAGAAGCGGCAGGCUCAUUGCGUUUUGCAUCUAAAUGAAUACACCUGUACGGUAACAUAUUCUAAUGGUGAAAAGUCUACAAAUUCUUUAGAUACUUCUGAUCAUCAGACGUACCCACCACUAUUUUUUAGUCGCGUGAAAAGUUAUUCUGUUCCAGAUGGUUGGGAUAAUAUUUUAGCGUAG